GGGAAGAAGGAGAAGGAGGAGUGGCCGAGUGAGCUAGAUCGGUAGUUGCAACUCAUCUUUCUGAAACGUCACAUCCAUAGUUUUUCUCCAUCGUCAUUUCCUCAAAUACAUGAAGAUCAAUAGCCGCUCCUGAUUCUUUCCUCUUCUUCAUCCCAUCUUUUCCACUAUGUUGGAUCUUAACCUCUCUGUCCACAACCACCACAACAUUCUACAACUUUCCGCCACCCAUACGGAAACUUCUACUGCCUUCAAUUCCUCCUCCAUCGCCGACGAUGACCCCUGCUUCAGCGCCCGACCUUUCGCCCACGCUUUCAGCAUUUUAACUAAUGACCCUACCAAAUCCUUUGACGUUGACGACGACGCCGGUGACCCUACCAUCCAGCUUUUUCCGCUCGACGGUAACUCUUCCGAUUCCAUGUCGCGGCAGUUUUUGGAUCUCGGGUGCAGGGAGAUGGUGCCUCAGUUGCAGCAGAGGCCCCAGGUCAAGAAGAGUAGGCGUGGGCCCAGGUCCAGAAGCUCGCAGUAUCGGGGAGUCACGUUUUACCGGAGAACUGGGAGAUGGGAAUCGCAUAUUUGGGAUUGUGGGAAACAAGUGUACUUGGGGGGAUUUGAUACUGCACAUGCUGCAGCUAGGGCAUAUGAUCGAGCUGCGAUCAAGUUCCGUGGGGUUGAUGCUGAUAUCAACUUUAAUGUGAGUGACUAUGAAGAAGACAUUAAGCAGAUGAGUAAUUUUUCAAAAGAAGAAUUUGUGCAUAUCCUGCGUCGCCAGAGCACUGGAUUCUCAAGAGGAAGCUCUAAAUUUAGAGGAGUGACACUGCAUAAAUGUGGGCGAUGGGAAGCUCGUAUGGGCCAGUUUCUGGGCAAGAAGUAUAUGUAUCUUGGGCUAUUCGACAGUGAGAUAGAAGCUGCAAGGGCUUAUGACAAGGCUGCCAUAAAGUGCAAUGGAAGGGAAGCAGUCACCAACUUUGAGCCUAGUACAUAUGAAUGCGAAGUAAUGUUGGAGGCCAAUAGUGGAGAUGACAACCAAAACCUUGACCUAAACUUGGGAAUUGCUCCACCUGAUUUAUCUCAUAGCCAAAAGAUAAACAGAGAUACAGAUGUUUUCCAUUUUCAGAGUAACUGUGAUGGUAGAUCUGUUGACAGGGGGCCAACGAUUCUAAACUCUGCUUCUGCAAAAUUGAAGUAUGAACUGCCGUAUAACCCUGCAAUGGCAUCUCAACACCCUCAUUUAUGGGGUGGCAUAGAUUCCAAUUUCUUUCCCAUCUCCAAGGAAAGAGCAAUAGAGAAGUGGGUGGAAGUAGAUUCGUUGCCAAAAUGGAUGUGGCAAACCCAAGGGGCAAAUCCAUUGUGUCUCUUCUCUGCUGCAGCAUCAUCAGGAUUCUCAUCUUCAACAAUUAGUGCACCUUCAGCAACUGCUGGUCAACUUCACUUCCCAAAUUCAACAAUUCUCCACCACCAAUUAUCUCCUUCCGUCAACAAUCCCAGCAACAUCUCCCAUUUCUAUUGUAGGGGCUGAAAGAUCUAACAUCCUUUUCUUUGGUUUAGAAAAGAGCAGAUGGGUAAGCAGGCAAAGAAAAGGACAAGAAUGGAAGUUAAAUCCAUAUUUUUCACUGCAAUAUUCAGCAUUUAUUUUUCUUGUAAUGCUCAUUAAACUAGAGAAUUGAAGCCCUGAUGGUCGGAGUAAUCAUGAAAAUUUUUGCUGAAGGAUAUGUAACCCUAUUUCCAUGCUGUGCCUAUCUUUUUAUUUGUAUGUAGCUCUAUUGGCAUCCAUCUUAUGUUGUGCAUGUUAGAACGAAGUCAGGCCGCAUGUGAAUUAUAUCUGGGUUUACCUGUAUCUUUAUACUCGGACGGAAAAUGUAUAAAAAUUUGUUUCUCCAA